UGCAAACAUCUCAUCAACUGGAGAAGAAAGGCGCAGCAGUGCACUCUGCCCACUUCCCCAAGAUCAAAUGAUCACGAACGCCCCCAAAACAUGCUUGCGCAUGCCGAGGUGUCAUGGAAUUGAAAUCGAAGAGUGUUCGAUACCACAGCUACAGGAUUAUCUAAGCAAAGCGGCCUUCACAUCCAAGGAGCUGGUGCAGUGCUACCUACGUAGAAUUGAGCUGGUCAACCCUUAUGUGAAAGCCGUAAUCGAGACGAAUCCUGACGCACUGGAUAUUGCCGACAAGCUCGAUAAAGAACGCAAAAAUGGCCAUAUCAGAACACUCCUACACGGGAUUCCGUUCAUUGUCAAGGACAAUAUCGCAACCAAGGAUAAGAUGCAAACGACAGCGGGGUGUGCCGCGUUAGCAGGAACUAUUGUCCCAGGCGAUGCUCGCAUUAUUACUCUCUUACGAGAAGCUGGCGCCGUACUCCUCGGGAAAGCGAACUUGUCCGAAUUCGCCUCUAUGCGAGCGUCAUAUUAUGCCGAAGGCUACUCCUCUCGAGGAGGACAGAACCGAAACCCUUACAAUCUUGCCCACCACCCAGGAGGCUCUAGCUCUGGAAGUGCUAGCUCACUCGCCUCGAAUAUGUGUGCGUUUAGCAUUGGUACUGAGACUGAUGGAAGUAUUAUGUUCCCAGCAGAUCGCAAUGCCGUAAUAGGCCUUAAACCGACAGUUGGACUGACGUCUACUAUGGGAGUUAUUCCAGAGUCUCCAAGCAUGGACACUAUUGGACCAUUCGGCCGAUCGGUAGAGGACGCUACAAUAGUCCUAGAUAUUAUUCAUGAGAGACGUGCGACUAUAGACACCCAUAUUGAUCGCCUAGUCUCUAUAUCAGUACAAAAUUCCUGCCCUGGACUUUACACAUCUUGGCUAAGCAAGAAGGAUGCUCUAAAAGGAGCGAGGUUUGGCAUACCAUGGAAAAGAGUGUGGGAAAGAGCGAGCAAAAAUGCCACGAAGGGGCUAGAGUACGAUUCUCUAAUGGAGUUAAUCGAGAAGAUAGAGAAGGCUGGCGCAUUGGUUAUUAAGGUUAAUUUCCCAAGUGCUGAAGAAAUAGUCUCACCAGGCGGCUGGGACUGGGAGUUCGGAGAUGGCAAGACGGGAUCUAGGCUCUCGGAAUUUCAAGUUGUGAGGACCGAAUUCUACCGCAAUCUGCGAUCCUAUCUCAGCGGACUCGAGGAAAACAAAAUCCAUUUGCUAGAAGAUGUGGUUGCUUAUAAUGUCCAGCAUACUGCUAAGGAGGGAGGAGUCCCGAGAACACAUCCAGCAUGGCCUACUGGUCAGGAUAACUUCGACAAAUGUCUCGAGUCAAAGGACUGGCCGGAGGACAUGUAUCUCAAAGCUCUUGAAUACAUAAGGCGAAAAUCGAGAGACGAGGGUAUUGAUGCAGCGCUACGACUCGAGGGGGAUAACCUAGAUGGUUUACUCGUGCCUCUGCAAGCGGAUGGAGGUGUUGCUUGUUCAGUCGCAGCCAAAGCUGGAUACCCAAUGAUUACCGUUCCAGUCGGUAUUAAUAAUAUCGGAGUGCCGUUUGGAAUCGGUAUUAUUCAAACCGCAUUCAAUGAGCAUUUGCUGGUGAGGUAUGGCUCUGCUAUCGAAGACCUUGUUGGACGCCAAAUGGUGCCCCGCUUUUUGAAUCUUGAAGCAGAUAACCACCCAUAUGUCGGUACACCGCCAGAAAAGGCGUUAUUGCUGUAGUCUGUUUUAAACAAAUUCAAACUCGU